GUUCAUGUCAAAAAAAGCUGAAAUAAAAACUUUUCAAGAAUCCAAGGUUCCAUUCUCACUCACAACCAAACACACAUUAUGGGUUUUUUUUGAGAAGAUACCCAUUAAGGCCCAAUAAAGAUAAGUCUCCCUUAGAAAAAUCACAAAUACGAAACCGAAUGCAAAUCCCAUCUCCGUGGUUUGUGGCCAUGUCUUCUUCGAUCGUCGAGCACGUCGUCCUCUUCAAGCUCAAGAACGACGAUGACGUUGACUCCAACAAAAUCAACUCCAUGGUCAACGGAAUCAACGAACUCAUCAAUAUCGACCAGGUGUUUCACCUCUCCUGCGGUUCAAUCCACCGCCUUAACUCCACCUCCGCUUCCGCCGCCUUCACUCACGUCCUUCAUAGCCGUUACAGAUCUAAAGAUGACCUCGACGCUUACGCAAUACAUCCCGAUCACGUCCGCGUCGUCAAGGAAUCGGAAUCGAUCCGUGAAGACGUCUUGGCCGUUGAUUGGAUCGCCGAGCAAGUUCCCGGAAUCCUAGCUCCGCCUCCCGGUUCAAUUGGUAAAAUCACGCUUGUGAAGGUGAAAGAGAACGUCACGGGAGAGGCGAAAUCGGAGAUUAUGGAAGUGAUUAAGCAGAAAUUUAAAGGAGUUGAUCAGAUGAUCACUGUUGGAGAAAACUUCUCUCCCGGUAGAGCUAAAGGUUUCUCAAUCGGAUCGAUUUCGUAUUUUAGGGAUUUGGGCGAAAUCGAGGCUUCCAUGAAGUUGGAAAAUGAAAAGAUUUGUGAUUAUCUUGAUGAUACCAUUGUUGUUGAGUUCGUAGUGCCUCCAAAACUUGCUUCUGUGUGAAUUGUGAUUAAGAUGAUGACGGCUUUAGUCUCCGGUUCUAUUACAGUGGUUGGUUCGUCGCCGUAUGCAUUAUAUGAAUAUUGUAAAAAAAAAAACACAUUAUUGGGCUUUUUCCUGAAAACCAUUAUUGGCCCAUUACUGAGAUUGUUACAUGUAAUUUUACCCUGUUUAAUACUUUUGAAGUCUUUAAUUUGU